AUGCCCCAUUCAGUCUUUGGGAACCUGAAGGCAAUAUGUCCCUUGAAUCUGAUCAGGGAACCAACUGAUGCACGCAAUUACUACCGGCCUGGUGAUUUCAUCAUUAGUGGGAUCAUAUCUCCAAAUAUUAUUAUGGAUCAACGUCCAUACAACUUUUCCAAGACCCCGGUAGUCAAGUUUGAGGGUGGGACAGUUAGGUACUACUGGCACAUCUUGUCCUUCUUGUUCACCAUCCAGGAGAUCAACCAGAAUCCACGACUCUUACCCAAUAUCACCCUGGGCUACAACCUCUAUGAGAACUAUUUAGAUGCAAGGAUGACUUCCGAUGCCAUGAUAGACUUGCUUGGAGGCUGGGAUAGCAAUAUUCCAAAUUAUAACUGUGGGAGGAAAAAUCACCUCCUGGCUGUCCUUGAAAGGGGGAAAUCUGCAAUUGCAAAAGAGAUUCAAGCCAUGUCAGGCAUCUACAAAACCCCACAGCUCAGUUAUGGCUUCACCGCCCGGCUUCUUGAGGGUGAAACUGAGUUUCCUUCUGUAUACCAGAUGUUCCCCAGAGAAGAAGCUCAGUACACGGGGAUUGUUCAGUUGCUCCUGUACUUUGGAUGGACAUGGAUCGGCCUCCUUGCUCCAGAGGAUGACAGUGGAGAAAGCUGGGAAAGUUGCAGAGAGGAGGAGAGACUUGAGACUUUGCCCCAGGAGGAGCUGGAGAGAGCCCUGUCUCAAGACAGCUACAGCACUUACGUCAAUGUUCAUGCUGUGGCUCAGGCCUUAAAUGCUGCCGUUUCAUCUAGGUCAAAGCAGAUGAUGGUGCUGAGUGAAGGAGAUGAAUGGGAGCAUCACAGGCUACAGCCAUGGCAACUCUACCAUUUCUUAAAAGAAAUCCAGUGUUUGAAUACUUCCAUGGGCAGACCAUGUUUGGAUGAGAACUGGGAGCUGCCACCUGACUUCGACAUUGUGAACUGGCUGAUGUUUCCCAAUAACUCUCGUACUAGAGUGAAAAUUGGGAAUAUAAGGGGAGCGGCAUCAACCAACAUGAAGUUCACCAUUGACUCAAAAGACAUUGAGUGGCCCAACCAAUUUAAGAAGACUGUGCCUCGCUCCAGGUGUACCAAAAGCUGCCAGCCUGGAUACGCCAAGGUGGUUCAAGAAGGAGAGCCAAUUUGCUGCUAUGCUUGUGCUCCAUGUGCAGAAGGGACCAUCUCCACUCAGGAAGGCAUUGUGUUAGUAAUCUUCAUUAAAUACAAGGAGACUCCCAUAGUGAAAGCCAACAACCAGGACCUCUCCUACAUCCUCCUCCUCUCCCUCCUGCUUUCUUUUUUGUCCACCUUCCUGUUCAUUGGGCAACCAAGGAAAGGGACCUGCCUUCUCCAACAAACAGCCUUCAGCAUCAUCUUCUCAGUUGCUGUUUCUUCUGUCUUGGCAAAGACCAUCACGGUGGUGCUGGCCUUCCUGGCCACGAAGCCAGGAAACAGGGAAAUAGCCUGGAAAGGGGAACCUGUAGCAAUCCAGAUAUUGUUGGGGGGUGAUAUUUCAUUAUCCUUGAACAUUGGCCAUGCUGCAGAGGCAGAUUUAGGGGAGCACACGACCAGUUUGGAUGCCUCAACCGCUGAUCAGAAUGGAGUUCCAUCAUAUAGGUUCCACUGGCACAUCUUGUCGUUCUUGUUCACCAUCCAGGAGAUAAACCACAAUCCCCAGUUCUUACCCAACAUCACCCUGGGCUACAACCUCUAUGAGAACUAUUUUGAUGCCAGGAUCACUUCUGAGGCCAUGCUAGACCUGGUUGCAGGUGGCAGGAGCAACAUUCCCAACUAUAAGUGCAGGAAAUGGAAUAACCUUCUGGCUGUUCUGGAGGGGGCCGAUUCUACACUCUCAAAAGAGAUUUCUGCCAUGUCAGGCAUCUACAAAAUCCCACAGAUCAGUUAUGGGUUGGUUCCUCAAGUUCUUGAUGAUAAAACUCAGUUCCCUUUUCUAUACCGAAUGGUCCCCAAAGAAGAAAGUCAAUACUUGGGUAUUAUCAAGUUGCUCCUGCAUUUCAGAUGGACAUGGAUUGGCCUCUUAGCGCCAGAGAACGAUGAUGCAGAAAGAUUUAUCAGUGGCUUGACACCUCUGAUGAUCAGCAAUGGGAUUUGCAUUGCUCUGUCAAAAAGAAUUCCAGAAAAGAAUCCACAUCAAAUGUUCAGUUUGAAUGAACCCUUUGUCCUAUGGAGACAACUGGGUGUAUUUGUUUACUAUGAAAAUACUCGCAUGGGGUGGCUCCCAAUCAUGACACUACAAGCAGCACUUGGGGAACAAAUUGGGCCAAAAGUCUGGAUCACAAUAGGUUUAAAGGACAUCAAUGUGUUUUUAUCUUAUCCUCCUGAUUUAUUCCAGUACAUCCAUGGCUCUUUGUCCUUCAUAAUGAAGUUGGGGGAAAGGACUAAGCGUGACUACUAUAACCCAUCUUCCUAUAUUCUUCAUCACUUCUGGCAGAAAGCGUUUCAUUGUUCAUAUUCAAAACAUGUGCUGGCUGUGAAAGGUUGGAGAAGAUGCACAGAGAACAAGAAACUGGAGAUGGUCCCUGAAGAGGAGCUACAGAGAGCCCUGUCUCAAAACAGCUACAUCAAUUACUUCAAUAUCCAAGCUGUGGCACAUGCCUUACAUGCUGCAUAUUCAGCUAGAUCAAAGUGGAUGUUGGUGGCUGGUGGAGGAGACAGGUUGGAACAUCAAAGGCUACAGCCAUGGCAGCUCCACCUUUUUUUAAGAGAAAUUCCAUUUCUGAAUACUUCAAUGGGCAGGCUAUAUUUGGGUGAGAAUGGAGAGCUGGCAGGCACCUACAAUAUUGAGAACUGGAUUAUGUUUCCCAAUAAGUCUCGUGUUAGAGGGAAAAUUGGGAGCAUAGAGAGGGGCGCCUCCCCUGACGUAAAGUUUACCAUUAACGCAAAAGCCAUUGUCUGGCCCCAACAGUUUAACAAGGCUGUGCCUCUCUCCAGGUGUACCAAAAGCUGUCUGCCGGGCUAUACCAAGGUGGUUCAAGAAGGACAACCACUUUGCUGCUAUGCUUGUGCUCCAUGUGCGGAAGGGAUGAUCUCCACUGAGGAAGAUGCAGACCAUUGCAUCAAAUGCCCAGAAGAUCAGCAUCCAAACAAGGACCAAGAUCAAUGUGUCCCCAAGAUUAUCACCUUCCUGGCUUAUAAAGAACAAUUGGGGAUCAUCUUAACUUCUGUUACCGUAUUCUUGUCUUUAACAACAGGCAUUGUGUUAGGAAUCCUCGUUAAAUACAGGGAGACUCCCAUAGUGAAAGCCAACAACCGAGACCUCUCCUAUAUCCUCCUCUUCUCCCUUCUACUUUCCUUUUUCUCCUCCUUCCUCUUUAUUGGGAGGCCAAGGAAAGUGACCUGCCUUCUCCGACAAACAGCCUUCAGUAUCAUCUUCUCGGUUGCCGUCUCUUCUGUUUUGGCAAAAACCAUCACUGUGGUUCUGGCCUUCCUGGCCACAAAGCCAGGGAACAAGGUGAGGAGAUGGCUGGGGAAGAGUCUCGCCAACUCCAUUGUCAUUUCCUGUUCCAGUGUCCAAGUUGUCAUCUGCACCAUCUGGCUAGGUAUCUCUCCCUCAUUCCCAGAUUCUGACAUGCACUCCCAAGCUGGAAAGAUCAUCCUUCUAUGCAAUGAAGGCUCUGUUGCCAUGUUUUACACUGUCCUUGGCUACAUGGGCUUCCUGGCUGCCAUCUGCUUAACGGUGGCUUUCCUAGCCAGGAAGCUGCCUGGGGCCUUCAAUGAAGCCAAGCUGAUCACCUUCAGCAUGCUGGUCUUCUGCAGUGUUUGGGUGUCCUUUGUGCCCACCUACCUGAGCACAAAGGGGAAGUACAUGGUGGCCGUGCAGGUCUUCUCUAUGUUGGCCUCCAGUGCUGGGCUUCUGGGCUGCAUCUUCCUUCCCAAAUGCUACAUUAUCAUACUCAGGCCUGAUCUGAAUACAAAGGAGCACCUGACGACAAAAAGUAAAGAUGGCAUCUAA